AGGGGCCGCGCGCCGUGGACUGAGCAGGCAUCAUCUCUGGGAGCACUUCUGCAGACCGAAGCCUUCGGUGUGAGCCAUCUAGCUCUCCCCGCGACCGCCCGGACCUCCCAACCGUCUCUGCUGCCCUAGCCUCCGCGCCGUGGGGCCGGGAGCGGCUGGGAUCCUCGCCAGCCAUCCGGAGCGCGAGGCUCGCACAGUCCCCGGCUGCCCCGCGCCUCGCCGGAGCACGAGGGGGCGCGGGUCCGGGGCGAGGGCCGACCGGGCGUGUUUGAUGGCUUCACUGAGAAGAGUCAAAGUGCUGUUGGUGUUGAACUUGAUCGCGGUGGCCGGCUUCGUGCUCUUCCUGGCCAAGUGUCGGCCCAUCUCUGUGCGCAGCGGAGACGCCUUCCACGAGAUUCGGCCGCGCGCCGAGGCGGCCAACCUCAGCGCGCACAGCGCCAGCCCCAUACAGGAUGCGGUCCUGAAGCGCCUCUCGCUGCUCGAGGACAUUGUCUACCGGCAACUGAAUGGUUUAUCUAAAUCCCUUGGGCUCAUUGAAGGUUAUGGUGGGCGGGGCAAAGGGGGCCUUCCUGCUACCCUUUCCCCGGCUGAAGAAGAGAAAGCCAAGGGACCCCAUGAGAAGUAUGGCUACAAUUCCUACCUCAGUGAAAAAAUUUCACUGGAUCGUUCCAUUCCGGAUUAUCGUCCCACCAAGUGUAAGGAGCUGAGGUUCUCCGAGGAGCUGCCCCAGAUAUCCAUCAUAUUUAUCUUCGUGAACGAGGCCCUGUCGGUGAUCCUGCGGUCAGUUCACAGCGCGGUCAACCACACACCGACCCACCUGCUGAAGGAAAUCAUCCUGGUGGAUGACAACAGUGAUGAAGAGGAGCUGAAGGCCCCUUUGGAGGAGUAUGUCCACAAACGCUACCCUGGGCUGGUGAAGGUGGUGAGAAACCGUAAAAGAGAGGGCCUGAUCCGAGCUCGCAUCGAGGGUUGGAAGGUGGCCACCGGCCAGGUCACCGGCUUCUUUGAUGCCCACGUGGAGUUCACCGCUGGCUGGGCCGAGCCAGUUCUCUCGCGGAUACAGGAGAACCGGAAGCGGGUGAUCCUCCCGUCCAUCGACAACAUCAAACAGGACACCUUCGAGGUGCAGCGGUAUGAGAACUCGGCCCACGGGUACAGCUGGGAGCUGUGGUGCAUGUACAUCAGCCCCCCGAAAGACUGGUGGGACGCCGGAGACCCUUCCCUUCCCAUCAGAACACCAGCCAUGAUUGGCUGCUCGUUUGUGGUCAACAGGAGGUUCUUUGGUGAAAUUGGUCUUCUGGACCCUGGGAUGGAUGUGUAUGGAGGAGAAAAUAUCGAACUUGGAAUCAAGGUGUGGCUGUGCGGGGGCAGCAUGGAGGUCCUGCCUUGCUCACGGGUGGCCCACAUCGAGCGGAAGAAGAAGCCAUACAACAGCAACAUUGGCUUCUACACCAAGAGGAAUGCUCUCCGGGUUGCCGAGGUCUGGAUGGACGAUUACAAGUCUCACGUGUACAUAGCGUGGAAUCUGCCACUGGAGAAUCCAGGAAUUGACAUAGGCGAUGUCUCAGAAAGAAAAGCCUUAAGGAAAAGUUUAAAGUGUAAGAAUUUCCAGUGGUACCUGGACCACGUCUACCCAGAAAUGAGAAGAUACAAUAACACCAUUGCCUACGGGGAGCUUCGCAACAGCAAAGCAAAAGAUGUCUGCUUGGACCAGGGGCCGCUGGAGAACCACACAGCAAUACUGUACCCGUGCCAUGGCUGGGGACCCCAGCUGGCCCGCUACACCAAGGAGGGCUUCCUGCACCUGGGAGCCCUGGGGACCACCACGCUCCUCCCGGACACCCGCUGCCUGGUGGACAACUCCAAGAGUCGUCUGCCCCAGCUCCUGGACUGCGACAAGGUCAAGAGCAGCCUGUACAAGCGCUGGAACUUCAUCCAGAAUGGCGCCGUCAUGAACAAGGGCACAGGGCGCUGCCUGGAGGUGGAGAACCGAGGCCUGGCUGGCCUCGACCUCAUCCUCCGCAGCUGCACGGGACAGAGGUGGACGAUUAAGAACUUCAUCAAGUAGUGGAAGGAGCUGGGGCCCUCGGAGCCUGGCCCUCGGGACAGGGUCUGCGUCCUCCGGACCAGCCACGCUGGGAGAGAAAGAGCAAGGAGUCGGCAGGUGCUCAGUGGGCCUCCCGGGGCUUCUCCAGGGCAGCCUGGGGCGCAGGCGGAGACGCUGCCUCUCCAUCAGGCAUCCAGCUGCCUGAGGCUCAUGCACCCUGGCAGAGCCCCCGACCCCUCUCCGGGAGCACAGGAGCCGUGUGUUCUGCAGCCUGGAUGCGGGCCUGGCACCGAGG